AGGCCCAAUUAGAAAACUCACCAUCUUGGUGUUCUCUUCAAAAAGAUGAACAAGCCUUCAACUUUGCUGGGAAGGGCGGAAAAUUACCGCAGCGGUGGGCGUCGUCUGACUGAGUUCCGAUCCUCGAGCUGAGAAGAGAGAAUGAAGUUCAUUAUGGAGUUCGCGGAGAACUUGGUUCUGAGGUUGAUGGAGGACCCGAAGGAGAGAGACAAGAAGUUCAGGGAGCACGUGUAUGCAGUGAAAGACAGGUGCAACAAGACCAAGGAGAUGUGGAGCUACCCGCUUCGCCCUUACGGGUUUUGGACGUUCGAGCGGCACAAUGUGCAGCUCGGUUGGGAUGCCCAGAUCAGCCAGGUGCCGGGGCGUAGGGAUCCGUAUGACGAUCUCCUCCAGCAGAACUAUGAGCCACCCAAGUGAAUCGCAGGUGACUGAGAAGUUGUCAACUGAAUGGUUUAGACUCUCCCUAUUGAGAAGAGUAUGAAGCAUGCUCGCGCUUUACUUGUUUGGGGUUAUGUGAUAUACAUGUAGACAAUUGUACUUAUCAGAGGUUUUGGAUGGUUUCAAAUAAGUGUCUUCAAGAUUGGACCUCAUGGACCAUACCUCUGGCUCUUCUUUCGAUGUUGGUACAUUUUGGCUUACAUAAGCUGUUAUUAUCUCACUGUUAUCUCUUUUUAAGGAUUCGAACUUAAUGUUUGUUGCCUUUUUUUCAAUCAAGUACCUCGGCUUUCAUAA